UGGCGAGUUCGGCUCUCCUCCUCCUGCGGCCGCAGCUCCGGGGCUUUGUUGUGAAGGCUGCACGCCGGCAGCGUGCCCGCGGGGGAGGAGCGCGCAGUGAUGCCAAGCAGUACGACUUGUCAUGCCCAGAACAUCUGAGAAGCAAGCCUCAAACUGUUCCACAAGAUUAUGUGCAUGAGAAAGCAGUCAUCAAAAUAAGCCUGGGCUUCAGAAUUGCUGUCUAAGUAAGGAUUUUGCCUCCUUUGUCUUGGCUGACGUCAAUACUCUCAUCACCCAGCUUGUAUUCAUGUUUGGGAUUGCCUUCACCCAACAGCAUCCUGUUGCACUUGGCCUUGUGGAACUUCAUGAGCUCUGAAAUGUUGGAGGAAAAACUGGAGCUAGUGCCAGAUCAAACAACUUGAGAAGAACAAAUGGAGAACUUGUCAAAAGAAACCCACAUCCUGGGACAGAAAAGAGAAGACUUCUGUGCAGAAUUUCAGUUUCAUACAAGCUCCUCCAAAAAAACACAUUUUUUCAUCCAAGCAGAAGAUGAAGCACUGAAACUUUCAGAUUUGUCAGUAACGAGUCAAGGAAGGCCUCCAACUAUGUGUGCUCAGUUCAGUUCCAGUCCUGAAGAAUCAAGUGCUGUAGAAAGAAGAGGGAAAGUAGUCCCUGAAUUUAUAUCUUCAUGGGAAGAUGCCUCAGGUUUUGGUGGCAAGACAGAAACUUCAUUCCUCUUAAAAGAAUUGGACAGUCUAAGGGCCAAAAAUAAAAAGCUUCAAGAUGAGGUGUUGGAAAAGGACAAAGAGCUGAAGACAAUAAAACUGGACUUAGAACUGCAAGAGAGAGCUACAGAAGCUAAGAUUGCAGAAAAGAUUGCAGCUCUGGUGGAAGAAGUUUAUUCCGCUCAACGGGAACGUGACAAGGCUGUCAUGGCAAGGCUUAGGUUAGCCAAUGAAGAAAGAGAUGAAGCAUUUCUACGAGUCCGGCAUUUAGAAGAGUCACUCAAAGAGCUAGAAAAUAUUAACCCUGAAGAAAAUGACAUGACAUUACAGGAAUUACUGAACAGAAUAAACAAUGCAGACACAGGGAUAGAUAUACUGAAGAAUGGAGCUAUUAUUCUGAAUCGAAUACACAGGACCAAAGAACGUAAAAAGAAAAUAAUAGCUGAGGAAAUGAAUGCAGUGAUAGAGCAACGUGAUGCUGCUUUGUCUCAAUGCAAACGGCUAGAGCAGGAGCUUCAUCAUCUGAAAGAGCAGAACCAGACUUCAGCAAACAACACGAGACAUCUGACUGCUGAAAACAAUCAAGAACGUGCUCUGAAGGCAGAACUGAUAGCCCUACAACAAGAAAAAGAAGCCACUCUUCAGCAGUGCAGAAAGUUAGAAGAAGAAAUCCAGAGAUUACGCAUACAUUACAGUUUACACAAACCUUUGUCCCAAGGAGUGAGCCUGAAGGACUGGCUUCACUGUAGUUUCAGUACUUCUGAAGGUGGCCUGAAAGACAGGCAGGAUGUUGUGACCGUUACCUAUGGCCAGCUUGAGGACCUGGCAGUUCAGCUGCAACAAGCUCAGUCCGAGCAGCAGGACACCAAGCUGAAGCUUCAGAAGACCUUGGAGGCUUUGAAGGAGGCCAAUGAGAAGGUUCAGAAGUUGGAAAGGCUGGUGGACGUCCUAAGGAAGAAGGUUGGAGCAGGGACCAUUAGGACCGUGAUCUGAUUGAAAGCUCCAGUCUAAGGAAGCAUUCACAUCUGGUGACCAGGCUGCUUCAUUCAGCACUGUGUAAACACUAAAGCCUUAACUUAGCAAACAGUUGUUAGAAGUGGGACACUCCAGCGACAUUCCAAGCUGAGAUAAAAUCAAAUCAUAAAUGUUUAACUACUUUGCUGCUGAGUUCUGUGAUUUGUUGAAAUGUUUCACUGCAAACAUAUAUUUGUUUUUAAGCAGAUGCAUUGUGGCUCUGUGUACUGUGAAAAAUGAUGUAGAUGCUUAUUUUAACAGUCUGUUCCAUCUGUGUUACUAGACUACAGUCUGCUGCAAGCAAGGCGCAGCUUGACCGUGUAUUCAAAUACCACCAGCUUCAGGUGCAAAAUCCUGGAAAGCAGCUUCAAAAUUUGAAUUCCUUGUGUUAUUUAUGAAUCUGCAAACAGUCCAGCAUUUGUAUAUUAAAUACAGUAAUUGAUGAUGUAAGUUUACAUUUAAGAAGUAACUCUGACCACUAUAUUGAAGAUAUUUUUCCUCCUUACUUAUAGCCCACUGCAGCUAAUAACAGUAGCUACAUCUAAAGGAAGGAUGCACUUAUAGCUUUAUACACUUGAGUAACUAGUGGAGUAGAUGGUAUUUUCAGCAUACCUUCAAAAUAAAUGUACAGUUAGCUUUCAUUGGAGGAACAACUGCAUAAGUAAUCAUAAAUCACUGUGUGAAAGCCUUGUGACACUGUGGGGUAUCUCAGACAGUGGGGAAGGUUUCCUGGUUUGUUUUUUGUUACUUCUCUGUCCUUCCCUAUAGGGUAAAUCCUUCUAAUGUUCAGAAAUCACUUUAGAGAGUAAAAACGCUUCUAUUCGGUGUAAGGUGAUUGGCUCACACAUUUCCUGCAAGGACAUUUUCUCAGCUUUAUUUUCACCUCUUAUUGCUCUGCAGAGCAGGAGUACUAUCCGGGCUGGAUUUGGGCCCAGAAUGCCAGCCCUCUGCUUUGCUGACUCCCAAAGUGCCCUGGGAGGGAAUAUGACGGCUGAAGAAUAAAAUCCUACAGAGAGGGAGGAAACAGAGGAGUGGGGAGGAAAAUCGCAGGUACACGGCCAUAUUACCCACAGAUAUAGGAGAGCUGGCCCUAGAUGUAUGUUUGCAAACCAAAUAUCUCCAUGUAUUCUGCAUAUUUUUACCACACAACUAAAGGUGAACAGAAGAGUCAGCUCAAGGCAGCUGCCCAACAAACCUGGCCCCUUGCAGGGAAAUGAGUAGCAUUCCUUCAAGCCAAAUUUAUCCAGGGUCACUUCAGAAACUCCUGAUGAGUUCCUUUUUGACCUUUGGUCAAUCCUGAGAUAGCCAGUGAGGCUGGAGUCUUUCCACAACAUGUAUUCAGUGGGAUAAAAGUUUCAUGCUUCCAGUCCAGAAGCACACCAACCCAGCACCCAGCCCCUUCCACCUCUCUAGUGUGCUCCCAUUCUGCAUUCAGACAUCUCAGACAUCUUUUUUCCAUUGUCCUCAUUGAACCUUGGAUCACUAAUUGAAAGAAAAGAUCACCUGAGCUGUCAGCACUGUUGAGCCACUUCUGCUUGAGGAAAUGCUAUAACCUAUUUUUUUCUGUUACAAAAACAUUGAACAACCAUUCCCAGUUCUUACCAUUUUUUACAUCCCUUAUGAUUUAAUGUAUUUUGCAUCAUCUUCCAGACAGAAGCCUGAGUCUCUCCUAAAGGAGCUGUCUCAUGUUUUCAACUUGCCUUGCCCUGCUAAUCUAUUUCUUUUCUAGUUCUUCGGUGUUUUUACCAAGAUAGAGCAGAAUUUGUGCAUGGUUUUCAAGCUGUGACUUUAACAGAUGUCAUGUUUUCUGUUUUAUUCUCCAAGCUAUUUGUAAUUGUUUAAGCAUCAGGAUUUCUUUAGGAAAGCUUAUGUCUUUUAAGUUAGUACUUCUAUAAUAAUAAUAAUAACAAUAACAACAACAACUUUCAGUCUUAUUCUUCAGUUAUAAUAUGCAGUUCAGAAUUCAUCAUGGGGUGUGAAAGAUUAGAACAGAUCAGAGCCAUUUUCUGAACAUUCAGCUGCUGUAUUACUAUGCAUUCCCUGACUGAUUACCACUAGUUCCUAUUCCACAGCUCAUCCUAACUUCUACAGGAACAGAGUACCAUCAGCAAAUACUGCUAUCUCCAAAGUAUCUCCCUUUUCAAGGCAAUUUCUUGUGGUCUUGAAGUAAGUUGAACAGCAUAGGGUCUGGCAAAUAUCCCUAUCCCUAUAGGUACAGUAAGGUAGUUUACCUUCACUGUGAAAAUGAUACAUUUAUUGUUAGCUGUUGUUUUAAGCUAACUUUUAACUGCAUGUUUUUCCAUGUGAAGAUUUUCCAUAUUACUCCUUUGGCAGCUGUGUUGAGGGAGCUUGUUUGCUACUUGGGAAAUGCGAGUUUACUUAAUCACAGCUUGUUUUCCAUGCAUGAAUGUGUUAGGUUCCUCCUCUCCAUGUGUAUCAGAAUUCCUCACCUUGCCCCAAGUCCUUCCUUCUCUGAAGCAAAUUGCUGUGUGAGUGCAGACUCUGGAUAGUGCGGCUGUUUGCCCUCCCUCCCCUUGUGUAAUCUGGCUUUGUUUAGGAAAAUAGCAUCAGCACACUUCUUACUGUGGGUAAUACUUGAUUCUGUACAUUUAUAUGGUAAAUUUGCUUCAUUACUUUCUUUUGGACAUGUUGUGCCUGAGGUAAAAAAAUAUUUCCUGAUUCUGUCUUGCAUCUUGUACCAAGUGACUAUGAGAUGUAAUGAGCUUUUAAGUUAGCUUUUUUUUUCUUAUAUCACCUUGCACAUCCAUUACUUUGAACAUAAUUAAGUUAGGUAUCUAGAAAAGUUUGUCUUCUUUUGGAAAAGGCCCUGGGAAGUUGGCUGUGCUGGGAGAAGAUUCUGAAGCAGUUGGGCUUUACCUCCUCUUUGCUCAUAGCCUGGUGUGUGGUCCUCAGCAAAUCCUACAGUGACAGUUGUAAACGGCAUGAAGCCCCUCAAGAGGCACACAGGUACCCUGGUGGGGCUCUCAGGCAACUCUGCGGGUUAAUGGCAAAACACUUUCACUUCUUCACCCACUGCAGUGAAUGACAAUGGUUGGGCAGUUCCAGAAACAGAGGCCCAGCCCUUGGUGCCUUCAGGUGGCUUUCUGGCCUCAGUGAACUCAGUCUGAGUUUUGUCUUUCAGUGUAAUGAGGGCAGGAACUCUGAUCUGGCAUGUAGAAAUAGGCAAUAAUAAUAACACAGAUUAAUUGGCUUUUGUUUUGCAGAUUAUUCAGUGAGAAGUGAUUGAUGUCUGUGCAAUGCUCUGAAAGCAGAGAAAACCUGUGCUAUAUAGCAGACAUAGAGAAGUCACUUCUGUCCUAACUCAUGGAAGAAGAUGAGCUUGCAUAAGAUUAAGUAACAGAAGUACCAAUUUGUUUUCCUCCCAGUGAUGAAAGGUGGCUCAUCAUGGGCAAAACUUACGGUGACAUUUGUAAUUACUGGUCAAAUUAGUGUCCCUGUUGUUUUGAAGAGCAUUGAGAUGCUCAGGAGCACUCAACCCCUGUGAGAUUUCCCGUGUUUCUCUUGAUGAUCCUGCAGCAUGCUUGCAUUGGGAGCAAUAUGCCAGGGUAAAAUAUGUAAAUAGCAUCCUGUUGGCUUGGGAUAAAAGCAUUAUUAAUGCUUUUCGGCACUGUAAUUAUAUUCAUAGUAAGCCUUCCCUAAGCCCAUACUAAUUAACAAUAUUAUGACAAAUCAACUUUAACAAAAAAGAACUGUGGACCUUCAGUCAUUUACUACUGUUUUUCAUUCAGCCCACAACCCAAAAUGAGUAGCAUGGUUUUCUCCACGAGUGCCAGGAAAACUACUGAUACUUGGAAAGUUCAGAGCCAGAUCGAUCAUGUUAGCAGAAUCCCAUAGGUGAAGUCAGUUUGAUUCUCUUUUAAAUGUAUUCACAAUAAAGCAAGGUUCAUUAGUUAACUAUUAAUAUAGAACAUGAAAGCAGCCCUUAUGAAUAAGCCAUCAUAUUUAAAUAGUUUAGUACUGUCAAAAUGUUUUCACUGGCACACUUGUUUAUCUAUUUAUUCCAAAUCACAGAAUGUUUUACAGAUAUUCACCUUAAUUUUCAAAUUAAAUGGCUUUAUGCAUUUUCUUAUCAAAUGAUCAAGAAUUAUAACAUCCUUCAUCCACAUACGCAAAUGAACUUGCUAUCUACAUGUUGAGAUUCUUCUGUGCUAUUAUUUUCUUCAUUUAGAACACUUCCUAAUGAAGGCUGAUAGCGUUUUCUGCUUCUUUUUCAUUUGUACACCACAAGAUUUUCUUCACAUGCAGAAAUAAGCUGCAAGACACUUUAAGUCUCUGACUGUCAAUUUCUCUGAUAUUGCUCUCACUAUGAUCACAGCGUUAAUGUGCUGAAUCUUAUUAUUGUACCAUUUCACAUCAGGUCUACAGAGCGGGACUUCUCUUGUUUGUUCUUCUCAUGCAUUGGUAAAUAAAAUGCAUUCACGAGUCCAAAAAACAAAGUGGUGUUCUCAUAUUAGGUUGAUUAUAAGUCAGCUGUUGAGCUUCACUGGUCUAAACAUUUCAUUCUUCAGUUUUGUUGGGAGCACACGUGUUCUGGGAGGCUUUUAAACAAAUGCUUGAAAUGGUUGAAAGAUUUACAUUGCCAGUGCCUGGCUAAAUAUGUAAUCUUUAGAAAAGACAUGGUUUAUUUUGGCACCAUUUGAAAAACUCAAAUAUUUUAAACAUUUGUUAAGUUUGAGCUUGCACAUUUCAACGAAAAGUUUGCAUUCCAAAAUUACAUCUCAGGUUACCUGUCUCUCUCUUUCUCUCUCUCUUUUGUAUUUUGUAAUCCUUUUAUUAAAAUAGUCUUUGCAAAAGGAGUUGAGAUUUUGGAGGGAGGUAUUUGUUUGUUUGUUUGUUUUUUAAUUGUAAAAUAUUGCCUUUACCUUAAUCGAUUUGUAAGGUAACUUUUACCUGGUAAGUCUAUUCAACUAAACUUCAGAAAUGCAAGUACAGAAAUGCUUUCAGAAUUUAGAUCUUCUUGUGAGCGGCCAAGGUUUGUUUGCAAAAUUAGUCAAAUACAAGAAUUCUGGCCAAAUCCUGCACAGCUUCACACACACAUUCUGAGUGCUGAGAUAAAUAAGUACUAACCCUGAUGUUGGGUGCAGGGCCAGACAAUAAGGAAAGCAGGUUGAAUGAGUACUGAACUGAUAAAAUAGAAUAGCUCAGGGAAAAAGAAAACCUUUUGCCUGGAGUUGUUUUUCUUUGCUGUCCUUCCCUCCCUUGGCAGAAGCUGGGGGAGGGGCUGCAAUGUUUAGCCUAAAUUUUUAUUUUAAAAACAAUUUCCACCUUUGAUUUUCCCAAAGGUUUUAACCUGAAAGUUGUACUGAAGCUUAAAAAAGUGAGAACAUAUAAAUUGAAAAUGCUGUAUUUUGUAGAACUCCUGCCAGAUCCCCAGUUCAACAAACACUUGAGCAUACCACUACAAUUAUGCACGUGCUUUGGUGUGUUGCCCAGUCAACAGCCAACUGCAAAGGGUCACACGCCUUUCUGCGAAGCUGUCAUCACGAGGAGUUUGGCGUGUUUCCUCCAUGGUUACCUGGGGCCAAAGGUCCAAACAGUGCCACAUUCACAGGAGUUCCUAAGCAUUUGAAUGGCUUCUGAACAUGCUAUAGCAGAUCCAUUGUCAUAUAGUGAAACAGCAACAUACCUGGCAGAAUUCGUCACACCUGAUAAACCUUGCAGAAUACAUUACAUGAAUUUAAGAUGAUUACUACUCAUACAUGAAUAUGAGUACUUUACAUAUGACUGAACAAUGAAAUGGUUUCCUGAAGAAUUCAAAAGGUGGGAGCUAUGGGUUUGAGAUUUUUUUGUUUGGUUUUGUUUUUUUAUAAAGUAAGUAUUACUAAAACUACUUCCAAAGCCAAACUUAUAAGAAAAGAAAAAAACAAAAGCUUAAGAUAGAAAAAUGAAAAACUACUUUGGUAUUACUCUAAUUCAUUUUCUGUAACCUCAAGACCUUUGUUCGCUUUUUUUCACUGAAGUAGUGCCAUUAUUUCACUACAUUUUCUUUUCAAAUAGCCAAACUGUUUUCAAAAAUCAAUUCUUGAGAAAUAAGGUUACUGGUGUCUAAGUUGAAAUCAAGAAAGAUUUCACAUACUUCUAAGUAACAAUUUGCUUUUCAAAAAGUUAACUAAUAUCUUCACUUGGAUAUAUACAACUCAGGUGCAGCCUGUGUGGAAGUAUACUAGAGUAGAAAAAGAAUCAGAAACGGUAGGAAGUCUCCAUCAACACAUGAUUACCAAACAUUAGUGGUACAGUUAAGCAAAAGAGGAAGAUGCAAGAGAUAAAAUUUGGAACAUGAUCUGAUAUGGCACUGGUUAUAUCAGCAUGCUUUGAAAUGGAAGUGCAGCAAAUGAAACACUUGAAGCUAUGACCUCCAGACUGGCAGACCAGUUCUAGCACUUAACUGUAUUCUCUCUGGUAAGGACACCAGCCUUGCACACAGUUAACAAAUAUAGAGCUCUACAUCAUCAUAGCAUAUGGAGCUGUGGGGCUCAAAAACACCAUAUAAUGAUUAUUAAACCUGGAGCUAUGAGUUCUCAAUGUGUGAUCCAGUCAGCAUAGUAAGAAAGAUGUGGUAAAUCACAGCUUUUACUUGAAUUCUACUUCCUGUUGGACAGGGAAGGCAUAAAUCAUGACUGGUCAGUGCUAAAGCUGCAUAAUAGCAAAGUGGAAGGUAGAAAUUACAUUUUGAGGAAGACAGCAGAAAGGAGUUGUAUGAAGGAGAAAAAAAAAAAAAGGAAAAAAAAAAAGCAGGAAAAUUUACCACAAUAAGCAACUGAAAUACUUCACUUUGCAGACUCACAGAAGUGUUGAAAAUGACAUGGAAGUCAUAGCACAACGCAGGUUCUGAAGUGUUUGACUGUAGGUGCCUCACUGAAGCUAAAGUAGGUGUGAGAUCAUGAGGAUAGGAAAUCUGUUGAAAUUUGGUUGUGCUCAAUUUGUUCACUGAAUUCUUUUUUGAUAUGACAAGAUAUCUCAGUUCUAAAUUUUGAAUAAAACAACACUCCUAAUUAA